ACUGUCAUCCCGACGAAAGCGCGUAAACUCCCACCAUAAAUGUUGCAUUUUCUCUUUUAACACAAAUUUGUGCGUGUUAUUACUAUUUUUUGGGACGCUAUCUGCUUGAUUUGGAGUAUACAAGAAUGUCUCAAGACAGCGACGCUCCACUGCCUGAAGGAUGGGAGAUGCGGACCAGCCGAUCUACUGGCAUGACAUAUUUCCUCAACAGUUACACAAAGAAGUCACAGUGGGAGCGGCCAGAAGCCCCUGCGGACCCAGGUGAGAUCCGUUGCUGCCAUAUCCUGAUCAAGCAUGCUGGCAGCCGGAGACCGUCAUCAUGGAGAGAUGAGAAGAUAGACCGAUCUAAAGAGGAUGCUUUAGAUGCCCUUAAGGGAUAUCGCAAGCAGAUAGUUUCCAAAAAUGCUCAGUUUGUGGAUAUUGCCUCAAAGUAUUCAGAUUGCUCAUCGGCAAAGCGAGGUGGUGAUCUAGGAAUGUUUGGGCGAGGCCAAAUGCAGGCUCCAUUUGAAGAAGAGGCUUUUAAGCUUAAAGUUGGACAACUGAGUAAGCCUAUUGAGACAGAAUCUGGAUUUCACAUUAUUUUAAGGACUGUUUGAGCUAAGUUUUCCUUUAUGAAUGUUCAAUGAUGAAUGUAAAUUACAUUGAUUUGUUUGGUUAGUCUAUGACAUUUCAUAUAUCUAUUAAGAUCUACCUACUUAUUUUAAGUAUGAAUU